GAGUGCCUGUGGACGGGACGAGACUUCUUCAAAAACAUGGGAUUUUCCGCUAACCUGUGGUGUUUGUGGGUUUCAGAUAUAUCCUUCAUCCAGACAGAAGAUCUAGAGGACCCGGACGAGGCAAUGGAAGCGGAAGACGACGAAGAGGUCAACGACAGUAAUGAGAAAUCCGACGAAUCCAGAACCGAUGUUUGGGACGGUCGGGGGCGGGGCGGGGGUGACGAAGGCGGAGGAGACGAACAGCUCUUCCAAAUCAGCCGGCUGCAGCAACACGCCACCUCCGAGACGAGCUUCAACCGGCAAAUGGUCGGACGUAUAUUGGUGGAAAUGUUUCGCGCGGCUGUCAACAAUAAAAUAACAUUGGUUAUCGAGCUUGUUAUGCAGCAAGUACAACUUAUCAUCGACGAUAACGAUGCUUUGGUUCGAUCAGACUUAGUGGAGCAGAUUCCGAAUAUAGCCAUUAUCUGUCACGAGGCACCACAUAUCUUCGGGGAUGUUUUUCGCAAUCAUUUUCUCGGUAUUAUCGUGAAAUAUUUGAGCGAUACGGACAACCAGGUACGACAAAUGGCUCAAAGCGCGCUAAUUACUGUUGUGAAGCGGGAACUUCUUGACAACAACACAAUCGAGAAUGAAAUUUGUCCCACGAUAGAACAUUUGUCUUAUAUGUCGGCCGAUGAACAUCUUCGAAACGCUAACAUCUCCCUCAUGUGUAGACUGGCACCGCUGAUUGGUAGCGAAAUUACAGAAAAGGUCUUUUUGAGACGAUACUUAGACCUAUGCGAGGACAAUGACAUGAUGGUGAGAAGAACUUGCGCUACACAUUUUGGGGAAAUGUGCACCGCUGUAGGGAAAGGAAAACUGUUUAACGAAUUGAUUCCUACGUUUGUCGAUUUGUGCGGCGAUGGAGUGUGGGGUGUACGAAAAGCAUGUGUCGAGGUGAUGAUGCCAGUUUCUUGCUGUUCGACACCUGAGUUCCGUCGAUUGUUACUAGCAGACAUAUUGGCUAAGCAUUUGAACGAUGAUUCAAAGUGGGUACGAAUAUCAGCUUUUCAAAUACUCGGACCGUUUAUAUCGACCUUCGCCAAGCAGUUCACCGAAGUCACCUAUAAUAAAAACGGCGAGUUAGUGUACAAUAGCAAACAGGAUAAUCAUCUCAGCAUACGUUACUCGUACGACGGAAUCUUCCCUAUGAAAGGCGCAUUCAAAAAUCAGAUAUCUGAUAUGGACGAAAAUACGAAAAGCUCUUUUUAUCUGCCUGUGAGACAAGUACGUGCAUGCGCUAAUGCUCCAAAAUGCAUCACUCCUCAAAUGGAAGAUUUGUGUGAAGAAUUAAGUAAGAAUUACGUAAGUAAGAUUAUGCAAAAAGCGAAAAAGAGACAUGGUCAUUUCAAAGACGCGGACGAUACGGAAAAAUACAAUCCGUUUUUAUAUUAUUACAUCCCUCCGGAUGUACCGUUGGAUGACGAACUCACUCAUGCUGCGAGGCAGUCGGCGAUGAAUCGUAAUAACGCACAGAAAGCAACGGAACAGGAUUCCGCGAUCGAAGUGAAUAGCUCGUCCAGCUCUUCCGGAAUCUCCAUUCCCAUUGCGAAUUUAAGUGAUGAGGAAGACUCAAAUACGGAUGAACAUUUCGAUCAACUCAAUUCAAGCCGAAUAAUGAUCGAUAAUCAAAAAGAGGAGGAAGACAACGAUGAAGAUGACGAUGAAGAAGAUGAUGACGAAGAUGAUGACGACGACGACGAUGAUGAUGACGACCAUCCCUCAUCACAUCGCAUAACAGGCGCGCUGAAUAAUAGAGGACGCAAGGAGUAUUCCUUAUUGAAUUGGGAUUCUGAUAUCUUGAAUCGACAAAAAAGAUGGACGAAAAUGAUCGAAAUGUAUAAUUUCUCCGCGAACAAAAGUAAUAAGCCUCGUAACUUGAGCAAGGACUUCGAUAUGAAGAACAAUGGGCAGGAAAUCGUGCCUCAGGAGCUAAUCAAUUAUUACGUGUCGAUGGCCGAUCCAGAGCAAUGCGUGGACAUGGGCGCGGAAAUUCCGCAUCAUUGUGCCUUCAGUUUUCCCGCGGUCGCGCUUACGCUGGGCAAGGAGAACUGGCAUUACUUGAAGGAAGCUUAUCAGUCGUUGUCCAGCGCGAAGCACUGGAAAGUCAGGCGUACACUGGCAUCCAGCAUCCAUGAGAUCGCCAUGAUUCUGGGCGAAGAACUCACUGCCACCGACCUCGUGCCGAUCUACGACGGCUUCAUCAAGGAUCUGGACGAGGUCCGAAUAGGUGUGCUCAAACACCUCGCGACCUUUCUACAAAUACUCAAGCCCGCCGAUCGCUGCCAAUAUUUGCCGAGGUUAAGUGAUUUCCUCGCUACGGACAACGAGUGGAAUUGGAGGUUCAGGGAGGAACUGGCUAAGCAGUUGCUUGACAUUGUAACCCUGUACAGCCCAAACGAUGUAGCGCAAAGCAUCGCGCCGCUGUCUCUUCAAUUGCUCGUAGACAAGGUUGCCGCCGUUAGAAACGUCGCGCUUGAACUGAUCACGCGAAUCAUGAUCUACUUGUCCACCGAAGACAUUCUCGUUACGUCUCUCAUUUACGAACUUCGAGAGACUCUAGUUUUAAGCGCUAAGAGAUGGAUACACCGACAAACUUACGCACUCUUGUGCGCGCACUUGAUACGCAAUGACGCGAUCACGGGUAGUAAAUUUACUAAGGAGAUGUUACCAUGUUUGAUAAGUUUGUCGUGCGACAGAGUACCAAACAUAAGACUGGCCGUAGCGAGAACUUUAGCGACGGAUGUUAGUGCGAUGGGCUUGGACAACUUGGGCGUGGAAGCGAUGGAAGAAGUGGAAAGAAUACUCACCAAAAUGCGGGUCGACGCCGACCGAGAUGUGCGAGUAUUGGCCGGAGGUGAGGAAGAAAUAGUCAUACUGGCUUAUUGUUCCUCCGACGAGAAUAACCAAGUCGAACAAGCAAGAAAUAUACUAUUUUAAUAGCGGUCUAUUCUGAUCUCAUGAUCACGGCGGAGUCACUGCGGUUUUAUCGAAAGGAAAACGAAGUUUUUGUUACGUAUGGCGUGUAUAUAAAAUUUGUUUUCCUCUUAUAUAAAAAUGCAGUCACUUUAUAUAUAUAGAAAUAUCACAAGAUACGUCUUGGUUCUUCCACACUGUGACUAGUUUUUGUAAAUGAUAAACUAAACUUGUGCAACUAGUAUGCGAACAUCAAGCUUCGAUCACAAACCGAUACGUACCAGAUCUAUCGGAUAGUUGCAAUUACAGGCAAACCGAUAAUGUUAAGAGCGAGCUCAAGUAUAAUGUUCACGAUUUAAAUAGACAAGUAAUAGUCAUUUACAAAGAUGAGUGAUUCGCAUUUGCGUCCUUUAAUCUAGGACUGAGUUGUAUCAUGAUCGCAUACCUUGCGAAUAUGUAACAACGUAUGAGUGUAGGAAUACGUGUGUGUAUGUAUAACAGUACGAAAAAUGUACGUUUACCAUUGUGAUCAAUUUGUAGAUGUAACGCUCUUUUGAGUAAAAUGAUUAUUGCAUUAUAACUGAAGGACAGUGUUUACUCGACUCGAUUUCUCAUUUGCUUGAUUUAUUUCACAAAUGUUCGAUUAUGUAAUCGUUCGGUACUACACAUUGCGCAUCAUAAUUUUGUAGCAUUUUUAUUAUGCACUUAAUCGAGAGAGACGCGGCAUAGCAUCAAAAUGUAAAUCUAUGAGGCACAUUUUAUCCAAAUUUAGCAGCAUUUAGGCACGUGCCAUGUAUAGAAAUAUUUGCAAAUCGUUUGCGCUCUCUACGAAAAGUACUGUUAUCUAUCUUAUUCGCUAAUGAAAUGCAAAUUUGUAUUUGCUCACAAUAUAUUUCAAUUUUUACUUUAUGCCUAAUAAAUUGAGAUAAAAAUGUUGGUCCGUGACUGAAUUUUAUCACGAUCUUUUUUUUUUUUAACAAUCGAUACGAUAAUAAACAAACGUGAAGAUGUAUUGUAGGACACUUUAUAAAUAUUGUACAAUAUCCAGAUUUUAUAAUACACAAAAACGCGUAAAUUACUAAUGAAAGCGCGACGUCGCUAAAAAAAAAAAAAAUUGAAUUGUAUAGACUCAAAGCUACUUGCACAGAAAGCAUUUGUUAUGCAGCGUUCGUUAACAUUUUGUGACAUGAUUGUUGCCAGGGGCGGAUAUGUCCGUUCAUUUUAAAAAUGAUGGGAAUACGAUGAUUGAGCUGCGACAGACUAAUUGAGCGGCAAGCGCUCCCGUUAUUUGUGAAUAUUGACGAAGAAGGAAGUAUUGUUUAAAAUGCUCUGUAUAAUAUAUUAUGUGUUUGAUAAUGGGAGAAUGAAAAAUGUACAUCAAAUGACUUGUUAGAGUUUUGCGACAACCGUGUUAUACAUGGAAUAAUGAACGAGGAAAGUUUUUCGAGACUGUAAAAAUUUCAUUCGCAUACUAUAUAAUAAAGAAGUUUCAUACGGCGAUAAUAUUUGUAUUAUAAACUUUCAAUGAUUUUAUCGUA